GCUCCCCUCCGCUGUCUCCUGCACCUCCCGUCUGCCUCCAUCUUGUGCGUCACAAUGGCUUCUCUCCUGCGUCCGACUAUGCGCCUCUGCUUCGCUGCCCCGAGCAAGCGCCUCCUCUCCACCAGCAGCCCCGCCGCCGCCUCCGUCUUCGCGCCUUUGGCCCGGAAGCCUGUCCAGUCCGCCUUUGUCCGCGAUGCCCUCCCCGCCAUGAGGGUCGCGCCCUUCCACGCCUCGGCCCGCAGGCCCAUCCUGCCCCCUCUUCCCCAGAAGAUCGAGGGCACCGUCAACCAGCCCGCACCCGUCCCGGACCCCGUCCCCGCCCACGGCAGCUACCACUGGUCGUUCGAGAGAGUCGUUGCCGCCAGUCUCAUCCCUCUCACCGUCGCUCCCUUCGCUGCCGGUUCGCUGAACCCCGUCCUGGAUGCUACCCUCUGCAGCUUGCUCCUCAUUCACUCCCACAUUGGCUUUGAGGCUAUGAUCAUCGACUACUUCCCCGCCAAGAGGGUUCCUAUUGUCCGCAGGUCGCUCAUGUGGAUCCUGAAGGGCUUCACCUUGGCCGUGGCCGUUGCUCUCUACCAGUUUGAGACCAACGAUGUCGGUCUUACCGAGGCUAUCAAGAGGGUCUGGACGGCAUAAAUUAGUGGCGCGGGGUUAAACUUGAAUUCGUGUAAGAUGAAAUUGUUCGGACAGGCGGAUAUACUUUUGAGAAGUUCCCCACGAAUAGGAGCAGGCAGUACGCAGACGAUUUUAAGAUUCGAUAGCUCGAAAAGGACUGUACCAUAGGUCCGUUUUGCCGUGUUUACAAUACUUGGCGCACCGAGUCCUCCAGCACCAACCUUCGGCCUUUAAUAUGGCGAUCACAC